GAGGCUGAGGUCACGUGGUGCAUCCGGACCGUUAUACCCGACAUCACGUCAGGUUGCUAGGUAAGCUAGUUAGCUAGCUGCGCUUAGUUGACCAAAUGAUGUACCUGGAAGGACGGAACGCUUUACAACCCGCCAGCGUUAACACAACAGCGGCUUUGGGGAGAUGACGAGACUAUGUCAGAUACUGUAAAGACUUCCCCGCUUAAGGACGUAAGGAAAACGCCCCAGCCAUGGCAGCUGGUGUCAGCAUACUGACUGACCUGCCCCACACCAGCAGGGUUUCCCGUAGAGAGGAGAUCAGCGUAGAGAUGGAGACAGCCAACACAAGAGUCCCCACAGCAAAGUAUACCAAGAUGGGAGAAACACUGAGACAUGUCAUUCCUGGUCACAUGCAGUGCUCCAUGGCCUGUGGAGGGAAAGCCUGUAAAUAUGAGAACCCCUCUCGCUGGAGUGACGAGGAGCAAGCUAUUAAAGGGCUCUAUUCAUCCUGGAUUACUGACAACUUGCUAGCUAUGGCGAGGCCUUCCUCUGAAGUUAUUGAAAAAUAUAAUAUAAUCCAGCAGUUUCAAAGGUGUGGUUUGAAGACUGUUAUUAACCUGCAGAGACCCGGGGAGCACGCCAGUUGUGGCUAUCCACUGGAGCAGGAGAGUGGCUUCACCUAUCGACCUGAAAUUUUCAUGGAGGCAGGCAUCUAUUACUACAACUUUGGAUGGAAAGACUAUGGUGUCGCAUCUUUGACAACAAUACUUGAUAUGGUGAAAGUCAUGUCGUUUGCUGUUCAAGAAGGAAAAAUUGCAGUCCACUGCCAUGCUGGUCUCGGAAGAACAGGUGUGUUAUUUGCGUGUUAUUUGGUUUUCACCACCCGGAUGAAUGCUGAUCAAGCCAUCCUGUUUGUACGAGCCAAAAGACCCAACUCCAUCCAGACUAGAGGGCAGCUGCUGUGUGUCCGGGAGUUUGCCCAGUUCCUGGUCCCUCUGCGAAGUGUGUUUUCAUGCGUAGAACCCAAAGCAAGUGCCGUCACCUUGUCCCAGUACCUUACCCGGCAGCGCCACCUACUGCAUGGCUAUGAGGCCCGGCAGAUGAAGAACGUGCCAAAGAUUGUCCAGUUGGUGUGCAGGCUCCUGGUUGACAUUGCAGCCAACAGACAGGUGGUGAUUGAAGAGGAGUGGCUGGAGAUCCCUGACCUGACUGCUGAGGUGGAGAAAACCGUGUCCCAGCAGGCCCUUCAGCAGCUGGGGAAAGAAAUGGUUGGGAAAGGGAUUCCUGUCCUACCUUGUUCAUCACACACACUCAACUCAGCGGCACAACUGACCAGACCUUCAUGUGAUCAACCCCUCGCCAGCGAUAAUGAGCUGGACCCACUGUGGAGACAACAGAACUUAGGAAGUCCUCCAAGAUCUCUGUCUAAAAAUAGGAGUCUCAGCGACUCUUUGCUUAACAAGCAUGGGCUCUGCCAGGAGCAUGUAGAGAACAUUAGUAAACCAAUAAGCUGCCUGAUGGGACAUUCAUUGUCUCACAGCAACCUUACUACCUGUAACCAGUCCAGCUACUGUUACCUCUGUACACAGAACAUAAACUCAAAAGCAGGAGCAAAACAAGAUCUGGGCAUGUGUGUUUCACAAAAGAGGCAUCACAGUUUAAGUUCCCAUUUGUCAGAUCUUGGAAAGAACUCUUACUUUGAUGCCACACUGCCUCCCUUUCCACUCCAGAACAGCUUCAUAGCCAGUGCAGAGUGUGUGGAUGGAGGAACUGGCCUAGGAGAUGCUCUAGAAGCCCCUCACAUCAGCCUCCAGUCUGAGCUAUCACCAGCGAACAGGCGCCUGAUGGUGACCAAAGCUCUGGCCAUGGACCUGACUGAUAAGGACAAAGAAGUCAUGUCCAAGGUUUUAAUGUGGCAGACAGAGCUGAACUCCAGAGAGGGAACUUGGGAGAGGCUGUGUAACGAAAGAGACCCUCUGGUCCUCUCCAGUCUGAUGUGGUCAUGGCUGGAGCAGCUCAAAGAUCCAGUCAUUAGCCAUGAGGAUGUUCAAUCGCUUGGAGGGAAGAAUGUAAACCCACAGAAUGCCCUCAACUCUCUGGAAAAGGGUCACAGGCUCACUUUGCUGUGCAUCCUAGACUGUGCCGCUCAUCUCCUGCCAGUACCUGAAGGUGUGCUGAUGUCUUUUCUUAACCGGACAAUCAAAGUGUUCACGAGGACUGAUCCAGCCUCAGACAAGAAUGAGUCACUGUACAUACCACUUAAAGCAAUCCUGACUCCUAUUCUUUAUGAGUUGUAUGACAAGGCUGUGGAGACGACCAAAGACUCCUGAUGGGCUGCAACGCUGUUUUAUCUGACAGGACCUCAACUCACAAGCAGGGUUCAGGCUCCUUUGGGGGCAUUAAUACACCCAAUGCCAGUUCCUUGCACCAGAUACAUUAGUGACCUACCAGUCUAUAUAGUUUGAAGCUUUUUCAGUGAGGGGUUUAUUAAUAUGAUUUAGACUUUUCUUAAUAGACACUAACUACUGCCAUUGUUGAUGUUAAUGUGCCACUGUACUCAGCCUGAAACAUUUGUGUGUUACUUAUUUUACUGAGGAACUACACGCUUGUAGUGUCUGACUUUUAUCUGGCACAAAGAUCGUUUUAACAAAUAAUUAUAUUUAAAUGUGUCAUGAACCCAAAGAUGUUUUACACUGUACACAUUUUUUUACUACAUCUUAUUUAUUCAAAUCGUUUAAUUUCAAGAACAACUGGGUUAGUGGCUUGAGUUUAGCAAACCACAGGGUUUACUUCAUAAAGAGUCUCAAGUUAGAUGCCAAACUUAGGCAAUGUUUUGACAAUUCAUGUUCAUCUAGCCACUGUGCUUUUAUUAAUCUGUGUAACUGGAUGUCCUUAAUAUUAUUUACAACAUAAAACCUCUAAUUCUAAUGUUCUGUUUUGCUGUUGCAGUCUGUGCUGCACUGCCUCGCUCAGCGGGACCCUUUACCAUCAUGUUUGUUCAUGUGUGAGGAUCGAUGUGCGUGUGUGUGUUGGGAUGUGGUGGGGGGGCUUGGAGAAGUCAAAAUAUUGCCUCUCACCUCAUUUGUCUCAUGUAUGGAGUGAAUGUUGCUUUGACCUGCUAACGUGGUGAAUGUGGAACACUGAGGGGAUUUUUUAAAGAGCACUAAGCUUGUGUUCUUUCUAAAGGUUACUUCAUAUAGAAAUAAAUGUCUCUGACUUGCAA